UUCCAAUUUCCUCAAAAAACUCAUUUUUCACCUUUCUUCCUCAUAAAAUCCUAUCUCUCAUUCUUCCCCAAUUCUUCAGCUUCCAAUAAUGAGGUCGAACCACGCCGCCAUGUUUCUGGGUAGAAUUUUGUCGAAUUCUUCAUCUAAAUUCUCCACUUUUUCCAUCGCCCCUCCACAUUAUCAAUCAUUUCUUGGACCCAUUUUUCAUUUUGAUAAUGCCAGCUGCCAAAUGAGGAGACACUUCUCCGCCUAUCAUAGAUUCGAUUUUGAAUCUAUACGUGAGCCCAAUGAUGCCGUCGCUCUAUUUCGGGAGAUGGUGAGGACGCAGCCGCGCCCUUAUGCUUCUGUUUUCUGUAAAUUGUUGAGUACCGUGGUGAAGAUGAAACAAUACUCUCUUGCCCUUCAUCUGAUCGACGAAAUGCUUCAAAGGGAUGCUCCUGUGAAUCACUACACGUUGAGUAUUGCGAUUGAUUGCUACUGCCGACAGAAAAGACCUGAUUUUGGGUUUGCUAUCUUAGGCAUUUUUUUCAAGCGUGGGUACGAGCCUGAUGUUGUAACCUUCAACACUCUCUUGAAAGGCCUUCUGUUUGUUGAAAGGAUCCCAGAGGCAGCUAAAUUGUUGGGGAAGCUGUCGGUCUACCAACUGUGCGAGCCCGAUGAGUAUACGUAUAAUACUAUAAUUAAUGGGUUAUGCAAAGCUGGGGAUAUUCUACAGGCGAUUGAUUUGCUCUGCUCAUUGGAAAAAGGAAAAGGGAGCUGCAAACCCAAUGUCUAUGCUUACAACAUAGUCAUUGAUGGUCUGUGCAAGGAAGGAAAGGUGGACGAUGCUCUCCAACUCUUCUCCUCUUUGGGUGAUAAAGGAAUUUCACCAAAUGUCGUGACAUAUAGUUCAAUAAUUGAGGGGUUAUGCAAUAGGAGAAGAAUGGACGAUGCUGAAGUCGUUUUGAAGAAGAUGAUUGCUGAUCAGGUCAACCCAAAUGUGUGGACAUGUAAUAUCUUUGUGGAUGCUUGGUGCACAGAUGGAAAGGUGGAAGAGGCCGAACAUAUGUUGGUGUCUAUGAAGGGGAUUGAUGUUCAGCCCAACAUUGUCACAUACAAUGCAUUGAUUAACGGAUAUUGUUUGCAAGGGAAAAUGGACGAUGCUGAACGCAUUUUCCAAUUGGCAGUGAGCUCUGGAUUGAAGCCCGAUAUCAUAAGCUACAAUAGCUUGAUGAAUGGAUAUUGUUUGCAAGGGAAAAUGGACGAAGCUGAACGCAUUUUCCAAUUGGCAGUGAGCUCUGGAAUAAAGCCCAAUAUCAUAAGCUACACUAGCUUGAUGAACGGGUAUUGCAAAAUGGGGCAAGUCGAUGAAGUUUCACGUCUUUUUACCAUAAUUCCUGCUCUAAGAUUAAAGCGCGAUGUGGUUUCUUAUACCAUAAUGCUAGAGGCCUUAUUUCGUGAAGGCAAAUGUGAAGAUGGCUUGAAGCUGUUCAAUGAGAUGGAAGCUCUACAACUGUUUCCGGAUAUAAGGACUUAUAAUAUCUUGUUGGAUGGUCUAUGCAGUGCUCAUCGUAUCAGUGAAGCUUUUCCGGUGUUGCAUACCAUGGAAGAUAAAGGCAUCAUUCCAGAUAUAGUAACAUACAAUAUUCUCAUUUGUGCACUUGGCGAAAGAGGGCAGAUAAAGGAGGCUAAAGAUCUGUUCCACGAUCUUCCAUCCAAAGGUUUGCAGCCUGAUGUCGUAACAUAUAGUAUCCUCAUUGGUGCACUUUGCAAAGAAGGGCAGAUAGAGGAGGCUAAAGAUCUGUUCCAUGAGCUCCCAUCCAAAGGUUUGCAGCCUGACGUCAUAACUUAUACGAUUCUUAUCGGUGCACUUUGUGAGGAAGAGCAGAUAGAGGAGGCUAAGGAUUUGAUGACGCAAAUGGUAAGCAACGGUUGCUUGCCUAAUAGUGUAACAUACAAUGUUUUUGUUGGAGGUCUUCUCAAAAUGAACAAGAUGCAUGAUGCAAUGCCACUGUUGGAAGAGAUGGAUUCAAGGGGAUUCACACUUGACAAAACUGCAUAUUCGAUGUUGAUUGAAGCUGUGAAAUGGGAAGUAGUAGGCACUGUUGGUGGGAAUGUUUACUUGGAUUGGGAGUUGCUGAGCUAUGCACCUUGACUUGCAACUUCUGCAUUCAUUGUAUGUGCAAAUUGGAGCUACAUUUAAUUUAGUUUCACAAUGUAAGCAUUAUGUGUAUGAAUUCUUGAUUGAAAUCAAGAUCUUUGUUUUGUCUGA